UCGGUCCCAGUUUUUGUAUGCCCAUGAACAUAGCCCAUAUUCUUUGUUUACAUUGGUUAAAUAGCUAACUAGGUCAUAUUUUUUUCGCUGUCUUUCAAAUUAACGUUUUCCAAAUGACGCGUCGUUUCAACAAAAGUAUGGGGAUGUGCUUGCCGUGCCUUGGUGGAGCUGGAGACGACGUGGUACCGACACCAGACCCAGAGACUAGGAGACGUCAGCUAGCAGAGGCAGCUGAGAAGAGACAGAAAGAGACUACCUACAGGGGUGUCAAAAACCCAGAAGCAGCUGAGAGAAAGAAAAAGAAACAGGAGGAGAUGAACAAACAAGAGAUGACCACGUCUCCGUCUGGAGGGGGAGGAGGGCUGAAGUGGCAGGUGGGCUAAAGAUCAACGGACAUGGAGAGAUUUAUGAAAGUCUCAAUCUACACUGAGGUUCAGCCAACAACAUGAAGAGUAUUGGUACCAGUUGACUUGAAAAUGCCUUUUUGGCUGUCUGUCCUUCUAAAAAUGUUUUAUUUUAAAUACAAGCUUUUUCAGAGGCAGCGGGAUAGUUUGCCAUGCUUCGCCUUGGUAGAAAGAAAGAUUCUGCUGCUCGAUGUUGGCCGUGUGCAGCGCAGUACAUGCCUCCCCUAAUGCCGAGAUGUACAAGAGAUAUGGAUCUUUGGAACGGACAGGGUGACUAUGACACAGCUAUGAGUAGCAUACAGUAUGCACACUCACAGUACAUCUAUAAACUGUACCAGCCGUCUUGCCACUCUCUUUCUCUGCUCUUUCCCCCUUUCGCUCUCUCUCUCUCCAUCUACUAGUCCUCUGCCCUCUCUCUCCCCCCUUCUCUUGCUCUCUCUCCACCUUUUCUCUCUCUCUCUCUCUGCCAUUUCAACUUUGCAGAUUUUAUACCAUUUUGCUUACUGCUUUUGUAAUUUAUUUCUGACAUUUUAAAACUUUUAAAAGAAUGUUCUCAUUCUUGUGACAGUUUAUAUGAUAGAUUUCUCCUAAACAAAAUGAUACACUACCAAGUCCUUCAUGUUCAACAUAGGCCUAGAUGAUUCAUAAAACAUUUUCUAUUGUAUAUCAGUGUGGAAAAUGAGCUACAUUUUAUAUAACUACUUAUGAACCACAUUUGAAUGCUGUUUUAGAGUUCACGCACCAACACUAUCUAAUCAGUUGACAUUUCACUUUAGAGAUUGGUUUUCCUAUUGUCUAUGCAAUAGAAGUUAUUUGCUCCACUUUAGUAUUGGUUUGUAAUGUACGAAGGAUAUUUAUCUUGAUCUCUGCUUUUAUUUAAUAUUAAUGAAAUUGUUGACAGAUUGACGUGUUGUAUGGGUAGUUGGCUGUAUCCCGUAGAUUUUGAGUUUUCCCAUUUCCAACCUGUGGAUAAACAGUAAUAUUGUUUAUGCAUUCUGUCGGUACGAUGGUAACCAAUAGUACUGAGUCGAUUUUUGUCUACUGGCCUUACCUGUCGACCACAAUGAAAACUCAACUGAAAUGGAAGGAAAGAAGCAUGCCUGAACUAGCAGGGCGCUAGUGUGUACUUGAUGAAGUAUUGACUUUUUACCUGCCUUGCUUUGUACUCGAGUGCUUUUCCUCCCUAUUCCCUUAUUGCUUCAAGUGCUCUAGCCAUUUUGAAGGGUAUGAAGUCAAGCCAAUGUAAUUUUGUAGAAAUAAAAGACUCUUGUUGA